AUGGACGACCUACACGAGCUACUAAGCUCUGGGCGCCGCUUGCUUCGGUUUCUGGAUGCGAAUCAUGAUGGGCUACUCUCAGUAGAGGAGUGCCAGCAUCUCAAGGACGAUCAAUGGCUUUUUCCAAGUGAGGACAUAUUCCUCCAAGUCCUCGACCCAAACGACAGCGAGUUCGUGGAUGCAGAUGCCUUGUGGCAUUUGCUGUCCGACAGGCUGCAGACCGAUCCCAGUCAGGGUGGGGAGUGGCUGAAGGGCCAACUUCCAUCGGUGAAGCGCCUGUUUACGAUGCGCUGCUCAAAGUCUCGGCUCAUGGACAGCCCAACUUCCAGAAGCGCUCGAGGAAGUCCGAGCCCCGCGCGCAGUAUGUUACGGAGCGCGUGGAGCCCCACGUCGUUAGAAGCGGCAUGGGAGGACUUCUGCCAGGCCCUGCAGAUCACGGAUAUCACUGAAGCGUUCUCCAAACUUUGCAGUCAUCUCACUGGUGAGCCGCCUGACUGCAGCCAAACAUCAGUGAUCCUUUACGAGAGGCUUCUGGCCAGAUUACCCUCCGUGUCCAUCCCGCGCUUGGACCGCCAGAGAAGCUCAGGUGGCUAUCCUCUCCAGGAUGCCCGGUUAGGUGUUGUUGGUGCUGGGCCCAUCGGCCUGCGAGCUGCUUUUGAGCUUGCGCUCCUGGGUGCGAAGGUCCAGGUUUUUGACGUUCGUGACGGUUUCUAUCGCAUGAACAUCCUCAAGCUUUGGGACUGGGCCUCUGCCGACCUCCUGGAUCUGGGAGCAAAAUUCUUGCUCCCAAACUUCCUAACAUAUAUAGAUCAUAUCGGAAUUCGCGAGCUCCAGUCUCUGCUGCUGAAGCUGGGCCUUCUGGCAGGAGUCCAGUACACCUGGGGUGCCAGCUUCAAGGAUGUGGCUCCGUCACCAUCCAACAGGUUUCUGCAAGUCACCACGCAGAAGGCAUCUGUGGACGCCGCCGGGCACCGCACUUUAGGAUCAGACGAGAUUCACAACUUCGCUGGCCUCGUGGCCUGCGAUGGUGGCAACAGCAGGGUAGCUGCGCAGCUCGGUCUCCAACGAGUACGAGCUGACGGUCUCAGCACAGAACCUGGUUGGGAGUUUGCUGUUGUUGCCAACUUUGAGAAUCUCAAGGAACCCGAGGAUCGAAUGUUAGAAGAGUGCCCCCGCGGCUUCUCUCAAGAGGAGUUGUCGCUUGUGAAGCGUCUCAUCUAUCUACAAGGCGAAACCCACUACUUCAUCAUGACCGUUGACCUAGAUGUCCUCAUGCACCACCAUGUUCUGCGAGAUACUACCCUUGUUGGCAAGGAGCUCUUGUCCGACAAGAAUGUUGACAUGAGAAAGCUGGAGGACUUCGCCCGCAAGGUUGUUGAGGACUACUCAAACAAGGUGCGUUCGCUUGAUGGCAUAUUUGGUCCUGUGGAGAUUCCAGAAAACUUCUGGACGACAAG